AUGCAGCAGCCUGCCAAUCCAACCGCUGCGGCAAUAUACAAUCAUGCGUUCCCACUGUCUUCCGCUGAGAUCCUGGGCCGGAUUCAUAAAGAUGCGGAGUGGGUAUUGAUCGGAGAAGCGUCGCAUGGGACGAAGGAGUUCUACGAGACUCGUGCCAGCAUCACCAAAGAUCUGAUUGAAAAGGAAGGCUUCAACGCAGUGGCUGUGGAGGCAGACUUCCCAGACGCUUUCAGGGCCAAUCUGUGGGUCCGCGGCCUCUCAGAUGACCGCACGGCAGAUGAAGCUCUGAGUGACUUCAAGCGCUUCCCAUUGCAGCGCUUCCCGACUUGGAUGUGGCGCAACAAGACGGUGGUGGCGUUCCUGGACUGGCUGCAUGGGCGCAACACGCGCCUGCCGCAGGAGGAGCAGCGGCUGAAGAGUGUCGGCUUCUAUGGUCUGGACGUGUACUCACUGAACACCUCCACUCAGACAGUCAUCAGCUACUUGGAGAGGGUUGACCCGGAAGCCGCCAAGAUUGCCAAGCAGCGCUACUCCUGCUUUGACAGGUUUGGCGCAGAUGCAAUGCUGUAUGGGCUCGCUCUGAGGCAGGGCUACAAGUCCUGCGAAGUGGGGGCCAUCAAGGAGCUUGUGGACAUGCGGCGUCUGCUGGAGCGGCGUGAGAAGAAGUCUUAUGGUCAGCUGGCUGAGGAGGAGUGGGACUUUGCUGCCCUGGAGAAUGCGCGCGUUGUGAAGGAUGCUGAGCAGUACUACAGAGCCAUGUUCUUCAGGGAUGACGUGACCUGGAACAUCCGGGACAGACACAUGGUCGACAGUGCUGAGUCACUGAGGGACAACCUCAAGAAACGGGGCAUCAAGCAGCCCAAGAUUGUCAUCUGGGCGCACAACUCGCACCUGGGUGAUGCCAGAGCCACUGACAUGGGCAGAGCGAGGGGCGAGGUCAACAUAGGGCAGCUCAUGCGCGAGCGCUUUGCCGCAGACAACCCAGAAAAUGUCAUCAACAUCGGCUUCACCACGCACACUGGUACCGUCGCAGCAGCUGAUGACUGGGACCAACCUGUCAAGCACAAGCGGGUCAACCCAAGCAUGGCAGACAGCUACGAGGGCCUGAUGCACAGUGUGGGCAAGGCGGCAUUUGGGCUGGACUUCCUGCAUGCCGAGGGGCCCAAGCCGGGACUGAGGGAGAUGCUGCAUGGGCCGCGCCUCGAGAGGGCCAUUGGCGUCAUCUACCGACCAGACACUGAGCGCUGGUCCCACUACUUCAAAGCGUGGCUGCCCCUCCAGUUUGACAUGAUCUUACACAUCGAUGCCACCAGCGGAGUGGAGCCGCUCGAGCCUGGAGAUGAAUGGGAGGAGCAUGAGGAGGUCAGGCGUGAGCCACCUGAGACGUAUCCCUUCGCGCUGUGA